AUGCAUAGAACAGCAGCGCAGUGUCUGAUCGUCCUCAUCGUUCACUCAACAGGUGGCCGUCCUCAGCUUUUCUCUCCGCCGCACCUUUGGCUGAAUGAGGGGGAUGAAGAUGAUGAAGGUGACGGCAUCCCCAACUAUGACCCUUGCUUCCGCUACAGCAUAUUGGACCAGGCCUGGAGGGCCACCAACUACACAACCAAGAGCGUUAAGUGUGAUCGCCAGGUGAGGUGGCAGGGCUGGUAUCGCCUCUACUACCGGGGAAAGAGCAUCCAGAUGCCCGAGAAGUGCAUCCCGGAGAACCAUUGCGGCACCCAUUCACCGCUCUGGCUCACCCAACCGCACCCAAAUAUACGCGACGGCGUCGUCACUCGAAAGAUGUGCGGGAACUGGAAGAAAAAGUGCUGUGCUUUCCAAUCCAACCCUAUCCAGGUCAAAGCCUGCCGCGGUAACUAUUACGUCUACAGACUCGUCAGACCGACUGCGUGUCAUCUGGCUUACUGCACAGAUGUUAACACUCUUGUGUGUGGAAGAUGCAGCAGUAACCAAUAUUGUACGAGCAGAGACAGGAUUACUUACAGAUGCGCGGCCAGGAAGAAGAAAAUUAAAAAGCAAGUCAUUCACUUCUUUGCUUCGUACCCGGGGAGCCUCAAGGGAAAGGUGAACCGCAUCAGAUUCAGCAAAGUUCUUGUUAAUGUGGGUGCGGGCUUCAACAAACAAACUGGUGUGUUUCGAGCCCCUGUCUCCGGCGUCUACCAAUUUUAUUUCUCUAGCCAGUCCGGAGGAAGCGGCGGCAAUGCAACCAACUUGUGGCUGGUUAUUAAUGGCUACUGGGUCUCUGUGUCACGUUCAGAUGUCAAAACUUCUGCCUCCAUCGGAAGUCUUAGCACAUACAUGACGACCCUCCGCAAAGGUGCCCAGGUUUAUGUGACUCACGUCACUGGUCAGUCCUGGGCAGACUCUGCAUCUAAUACCAUCACAUUUGGUGGUUCUUUGCUGAUGCAGCGGAGAUUAAAAUAAAGCACAAUUGUCUUGCAUUAAAACAAUUUUCCCACAUUCAGUUGAACAUCAGAUAAUUUUCUAUAUUAGGCAAAAUCUUACCUGUAAGGUGGACACAACGUGCGAGUGCAUCUAGAAAAACCCAGCACGCAAGUUUUUGUUGUC